CUCACCGUUGAUCAAUUAAAUUUUAUAAAAAAAACAGAGCAAAGCAAAGAACAACAUAAUGAUUCAAAACCCAACUGUCAAAACUACCAGUCCAAUGUUCAAGUUUCUACCUAAGCCAUAUUCUUUAACUAAUUAAAAACUCCUAGCACUCUAUGUUGAUUACAAAUUUUCAUUGUUUUAAAUUGAUACAAUGGCGCUGAUGAUCAACUGGUAUGAUUACAUUUGUUUUGGUAUUGUAGCAGUGUCCUUUAUUUGCUCUUUAUGGGUGGUUUGGAGGAGGGAAUUUGGUAUGGCUAGAAAUGAUGUUCAUGUGCAGCUGUGGAGCAGUUGUUGCAAAGAGGUUCACCCUGCUUGGCUCCUAGUUACUCGGUUGAUCUCCUUUGUUGUCAUGGCUGGGUUUCUGUUGUGGGAUCUUCGAGACUGGGGCGCCUUAAUCUUCAUCUACUACACUGAGUAUCUUCUUUUUCUUUUUAUUUUUCCUUUGGUGCUUUUGCCUCUCAAUAGCAUGUUCCAACUAGUAAUGUUAGGAAAUGGACUCAUUUAAGGUGCAAUGUAGUAUUAAUAGACUUCUUGUAUUCGUCGGGUACUUGUAUUUAUAAUUAGAAUAAAGUUUUCAUUUUUUCGCCUUGGUAAA